CGAAAGCAGCAGAUAUUUAUGGUCGUGUGUUAAGUAGCGAACGAGCACGCGCUGUUAACUCGGGUAGGACAUUUUCAUGGGUAGGAAAGAAUUUCAGAACACCGCAUGUCUGUGCUGCUUAUGGAUGUUUUAAUGAAAGAAACGAUAAAACUAAAUGGGGAAUAACAUAUUUCACUUAAUGUUAAUUAGUACAUAAUACACUGUAUACAUUUAAAAUGAAGUAAAUUUUUUUUAAAAAAUUACAUCAAGUUAUAGCCAUUUAGUAGGCCUACUACUUACUAUCUAUAUUAGAUCGUAAGUAUGAAAACCUAUAUUUUAAUUUUUACCAAGUGUUCUAUAUCACGAAUACAUUUAUGACAUAACAAACCAAACCGUUUGAAAAUCGGUUUAAAAUUUUGUGAUUUAUGGUAAUUUUAAUUGUACAAUUUAAUUCUAUAGACGGACAUGCAUUAAUUAAUGAGUAGCUAUACCCCGUAUCGAUAUGGUGGUUGUAUAACUAUUUACGCAUUGCUCCAAUGAACAGCAGUGACCAAGCGGCUUCUAUGUGUUUGAUAUCUAAUCUAUGGUGCAGCUAGGCUAGCUUCCAUUGGAUGCCCAGUUAGAACUGUAAGCACUUAAUAGCUAUACAUACAACACAUUUUAAGCAAACCUGAUUAAACAACUGUUCAAAUCGGUAGACAACACCUGAACCAACCGUUUUUUAUCUCGAUUAGUUUAAUUCUGUAUAGAGCGAUUCCUUUAGGUCCGACUAAUUGCAAUGAUUUACCGCAUUUCCAUCGGAAGCGAUGUCCGUAGUAAUGGGCGCUAAAGUGUUGCAUUGCAUUGGUCGCCUGGUGGCGCCGAUUCACUGUGGUUCGACUCGCUUGCUCCCGGAGCGAUCGCAAUGAUGGCGGUAGCGGCCGGGGGAAAGGCCGCCGCUAGAUGCUUAGAAGAAUCUUCUGAUAGCGAACUGGAGCAAGAACCCGGCUCCCCGCAAAAACUGAUCCGCAAAGUGUCCACGUCGGGCCAAAUCCGAAACAAGACGAUCCUGAAGGAGGGUAAGUUGAUGAAACAAACCAACUCCUUCCAACGCUGGAAAAGACGCUAUUUCAAACUUCGCGGAAGAACAUUGUAUUAUGCUCAAACCGCUAAGUCCAUCAUAUUUGAUGAAGUUGACUUGACAGACGCAAGUGUUGCUGAAUCAAGCACCAAAAAUGUUAACAAUAGUUUUACGAAAUCGAGACUCAUCAGACCAUGCAACAUUUUUCAAGUCUUCAACUGUCCAAUUUUG